CGUUCCGGUAUACAAUAUCUCGUCCGACAACGAAAACCCUCCCAAGAGGGUUUCAGAAAUCAGAAAUGCAAAUCUUCCUGCACGUCAAUGGCUCUCUUGGUCCCUUUGUCCUCAGGUGUGUCUCUGUACCAGACAGGGACCCUUUCCACAGCAGACCCUGGUUUUGAACAGCCAUAAGUGCCAGGAAUUGGCCAACCACUACCUUGGUUUCAACGGCUGGUCUAAUCGCAUUGUCACGCUUCAGGACAUCUCUGGCCUUGAAGAGGAGGAGACUGAAGAGGAAGGCUCAAGAGCUUUGCCGCAGAGCCAGCAUCGCAAGUACCUGUGCAUUCAGGAAUUAACCAUCCCGCGACACAGCAUCUGCGCCAGAGGAAUCGCAGUGGCCGAGGUUCCUGUAGACCCCAGCCAAGGUAACAAUGGGGGAGGGGGUUCACGCGGCCAUCGCGCUUUAGUGCUCCAGAAGCUGGCGGCACAAAAAGCACUCUCAGAUGCAUUUCAGAAGAUUCUCCUCAUAGUUCUAGAGAAUGGGAAGGUGGCCGUGGAGUUCUGCUCCCCCCAAGAAGACCUUGUGGACUGUUUAGCGGACGAAGAGCUCAAGGGGCUCCUCCAGGUGAUGUUCAAGUGCAUGACUGACUUUUCUUUCUCACAGUUGAAUCCCGAAGGAGAAGAGGAGGUCUUGUCUGACUUCAGCAUGGAUGGAGAAUAGCAACUGGGAGUCUUCAUGUUAGAUUUGGAGGGCUUUCUCUGACCCCUGGGUCCCGUUUUCCUCCCUGUGCUAUUUAAGGACAGCUCUCCCCACUUUCUAAGCACAUUCCGUGGCCUGGAAGUUGAUUCUGUUGCCUUUCUAAAACAUGCACCCAAAUCCAUUGGAAUGGCAUCCCUCUACCCGGUGGUUUUCACCUGUGAUGGCCCCAUGUGGUUUGGGAAGGGCCUGUAGUUAUUUUUUCUAAUAUAUUUUUCAUU